AUGGCGCAACGCAUUGCGGAAGCCAGACGCGAAGCCGAGCAAUUAAAAGACCGUAUAAAGCAACGUCGAGGUGCUUUAAUGGACGCAUCUUGUAAGUGACAAGGAAAAAAAUAUACAAACAAAAUCAUUAUACAGUAGUGGGCGAAAUGGCUGAAGAUAUUGAGCCUCUACCGCGUUUGACCAUGAAAGCACGACGUCAUUUACGUGGUCAUCUUGCCAAGAUUUACGCCAUGCACUGGGCCAAUGAUGCUCAGCAUGUCGUAUCCGCAUCCCAGGAUGGCAAGCUCAUUGUAUGGAACGCUUUUUCGACCAAUAAACUCCACGCUAUUCCGCUUCGUUCAGCAUGGGUCAUGACGUGCGCUUACUCACCUUCCGGCAACUUUGUCGCAAGUGGCGGUCUCGACAACGUAUGUUCGAUUUAUAACCUCGUCGCCAAAGAUGGACCGGUGCGUCCUGCACGUGAAUUACUAGCGCAUACAGGCUACAUUAGCUGCUGUCGUUUUCUUGAUGAAAACCGCAUUUUAACCUGUUCAGGCGAUAUGACCUGUCUCCUGUGGGACAUUGAUGCGGGCGUCAAAUUGUACGAAUUCGCCGACCACACAAGCGACGUCAUGAGUGUGUCUCUGUCGCCUACGGAUCCGAAUGUUUUCAUUUCGGGUGCAUGUGAUGCUACGGCUCGAUUAUGGGAUAUUCGUACUCAGAAAUGUGUUCAGAUCUUUGCCGGGCAUGAGUCCGACAUUAACUCAGUGCAAUUCUUCCCCAACGGUAUGGCGUUUGGCACGGGAUCGGACGAUGCCAGUUGUCGUUUGUUUGAUUUGCGAGCGGAUUGUGAACUCAAUAACUAUGGAAACGACUCGCUUCUCCAUGGCAUCACGUCUGUCGAUUUUUCAAAGUCGGGUCGAUUAUUAUUUGCUGGUUACGACGACUACAACACGCAUGUGUGGGACACCCUCAAGGGCGAUCGUGUGGGGAUUCUGAAUGGUCACGAUAACCGCGUAUCGUGUCUCGGGAUUUCCAAGGACGGUAUGGCACUAUGUACCGGCAGUUGGGAUGGUUUCCUAAAGGUCUGGGCGUAAAAUGGUUGCCAUCUACAAAACAUUAGUACCUUUUUCAAAGUUUUCAUUCUUUAAACCUGUCGUUUAUGAUGAUUUCGUUUGAUUGCAUGAAUCAUCCCCAGAUUUUUUUUUCCCUUUUCAUGACAAUGCUUGUGUGCGUCAGGCACGCCAAGUAUUGCUUUUCACUUUCCCUCUUUUGAAAAUAUGCUUCC